GGUAGCCAUGUGGCAGUUGAUGAGGCUAUGGUAGGCUUUACAGGGCGUACGCCUGAGAUUGUAAACAUACCUUCUAAGCCUGUGCCCAUUGGAUACAAAAUGUGGGUGCUAGCAGACCAGGGAUAUGUUUUUGUCGUAGACUGGCGUGCUGUCAGUAACGAGGUAAUAAUAGGCUGGCACGAGAGGAUCAGAGGGGUCCCAUUUCAGGCCCCCCCUCCAAACCCGCUCUGGGGCCGAUUUUGGGUCCCCUUGUAUCCGUAA